AUGGCAGGUGGACGUCGAGGACUUGUGGCCCCACAAAACACUUUUCUCGAGAACAUCGUCCGACGAUCCAAUGAUACCAACUUUGUUCUGGGCAAUGCCCAGAUUGUGGACUGGCCCAUUGUGUACAGCAACGACGGCUUCUGCAAGCUCUCCGGUUACCACCGUGCUGAGGUCAUGCAGAAAAGUAGCACCUGCAGUUUCAUGUAUGGGGAGCUCACAGACAAGGAGACGGGUGAGAAAGUGCAACAGACCUUUGAGAAUUACGAGACGAAUUCGUUCGAAAUUCUCAUGUAUAAGAAGAAUCGGAUGCCGGUGUGGUUCUUUGUAAAGAUCGCACCUAUCAGGAAUGAGCAGGACAAGGUGGUGUUGUUUCUGUGCACUUUCAGUGACAUCACCGCAUUCAAACAGCCCAUUGAGGAUGACUCUGUGAAAGGAUGGGGUAAAUUCGCUCGGCUCACACGGGCUCUGACGAGCAGCCGGGGAGUGUUGCAGCAGCUGGCGCCCACCGUCCACAAGGGCGAGAACGUCCACAAGCACUCUCGUCUUGCUGAGGUCCUCCAGCUGGGCUCAGACAUCCUCCCGCAGUACAAGCAGGAGACGCCUAAAACUCCUCCCCACAUCAUUCUCCACUACUGCGCCUUCAAGACCACCUGGGACUGGGUCAUCCUCAUCCUGACCUUCUACACAGCCAUCAUGGUGCCCUACAACGUCUCAUUCAAGACCAAGCAGAACAAUGUCACCUGGCUGGUGGUGGACAGCAUCGUGGAUGUCAUCUUUCUGGUGGACAUCGUGCUCAACUUCCAUACCACAUUUGUGGGGCCAGCCGGAGAGGUAAUCUCGGACCCCAAACUGAUCCGGAUGAACUACGUCAAGACGUGGUUCGUCAUCGACCUGCUCUCCUGCCUGCCGUACGACGUCAUCAAUGCCUUCGAGAACGUUGACGAGGGCAUCAGCAGUCUCUUCAGCUCCCUCAAAGUGGUCCGUCUGCUCCGCUUGGGCCGGGUGGCCCGUAAACUGGACCACUACAUUGAGUACGGGGCCGCUGUCCUGGUCCUGCUGGUGUGCGUCUUUGGCCUGGCUGCCCACUGGUUGGCCUGCAUCUGGUACAGCAUCGGCGACUACGAGGUCAUUGACGAGAACACCAACAGUGUGAGGAUGGACAGCUGGCUCUACAUAUUGAGCGAAUCGGUGGGGACACCGUACCGCUUCAACGCCAGUGGCUCCGGGAGGUGGGAGGGCGGGCCUAGCAAGGACUCGGUCUACAUCACUUCCCUCUACUUCACCAUGACCAGCCUGACCAGCAUCGGCUUCGGCAACAUCGCCCCCACCACCGACGGAGAAAAACUCUUCGCUGUGGCAAUGAUGAUGAUCGGAUCACUCCUGUACGCCACCAUCUUCGGUAACGUGACUACCAUCUUCCAGCAGAUGUACGCCAAUACCAACCGCUACCACGAGAUGCUCAACAGCGUCCGCGACUUCCUCAAGCUCUACCAGGUGCCCAAAGGCCUCAGCGAACGCGUCAUGGACUACAUUGUCUCCACAUGGUCCAUGUCUAGAGGCAUCGAUACAGACAAGGUGUUGCAGAUCUGCCCCAAGGACAUGCGGGCGGACAUUUGCGUCCAUCUUAACAGAAAGGUGUUCAAGGAGCACCCAGCCUUCCGACUGGCGAGCGACGGGUGCCUACGGGCCCUGGCCAUGGAGUUCCAGACCAUCCACAGUGCCCCCGGAGACCUCAUCUACCACGCGGGCGAAAGCGUAGACAGCCUCUGCUUUGUGGUGUCCGGGUCCUUGGAGGUCAUCCAGGACGAUGAGGUUGUGGCCAUAUUAGGAAAGGGAGACGUGUUUGGGGACGUCUUCUGGAAGGAGGUGACCCUAGCCCAGGCUUGCGCCAACGUUCGGGCCUUGACUUACUGCGACCUCCACGUCAUCAAGCGUGAAGCUCUGCAGAAAGUUCUGGAGUUCUACACGGCCUUCUCUAACCACUUCUCCCGCAACCUGCUGCUCACCUAUAACCUCAGAAAGAGGAUAGUGUUCCGGAAGAUCAGUGAUGUGAAACGUGAGGAAGAGGAGAUGCUCAAGAGGAAUAAUGAGGCCCCUCUGAACCUUCCUCCGGACCACCCCGUCCGUCGCCUCUUCCAGCGCUUCCGGCAGCAGAGGGAGGCGCGACUGGCAGCAGAGCGAGCUAGUCAGGGGGAGCCACCAGACGUGGAAAAGGGCACCAUCCACCUGGAGCAAACCAAGAUCCACGAGGUCCUCGCCUCCACCAGCAUCAUCAUGGUGACCGAGAGCCCUGCCACUCCCACAGCCCAGUCCACACUGUCAUCUUUGUCCUCCAGGCCCUCUAGCCGAGUCAUGCUUCAUGCCCCGGCCAUCCAAAAUGGCAACCUCGUAGGCUGCAAGUCCGCAGAGCCUGCGCCAAAGACCAAAAAAGGCUGGGGUCGUUUCAAGGAAUCCGUUGUGAAAGCAGAGUCAUGGAGCAGCGUUUCUAAGGCCGAGUCCAUGGAGACCUUGCCGGACAGGACUAAGUCACAUAACGAGAUGUCUCUCAAGAAGACAGACUCUUGUGACAGCGGUAUUACCAAGAGCGACCUGCGCUUAGAUAACGUGGGUGAUGCCCGCACUCCACAGGACCGGAGCCCUGUGCAGUCAGAAGGGAAGCUGGUUGUCUGUCCUAUACCCGUACAGACCAUGCACGCCUCUUUCCUGGACCUGAAGCAGGAGCUUAGGGGAGACAUUGGGUCUCUUAAUGGCCGCAUGGCGGUGGUGGAGGCACAGCUGGCCGAGAUGCUUCAACUGCUAAAAUCGAAAAAGGCCUCUAGUUCGAAAAAGGCCUCUCGCUCAUCCAGUUUCUUUGAGAUGUCACGACCGGCAUCCCCCGAUUCCGAUAAGGACGACAGCUUCUCACAAUCUUGA